UCCCCCCUCCCCCUUUCCCGCGGCAGCCGGCGCGCCUGGCCCCGGAGCGGGAGUUCAUCAAGUCGCUGAUGGCCAUCGGGAAGCGCCUGGCCACGCUGCCCACCAAGGAGCAGAAGACGCAGCGCCUGAUCUCGGAGCUGUCAGCUGCUCAACCACAAACACUGCCCGCGCGCGGCGCCUGGCUGCCCACGGCCGCCUUCCCGCACCACGUGGUGCGCGUGCCGCACUCGCAGGCCGUGGUGCUCAACUCCAAGGGACAAGGUCUGGGAAAGGGGAUUUAGGAUGUGAAAGCUCCCUACUUAAUCUACGUGGAAGUGCUGGAAUGUGACAAUUUCGACACGGCGAAUGUCCCCGCGCGCAUCCCGGAGAACCGGAUCCGCAGCACGCGCUCGGCCGAGAACCUUCCGGAAUGCGGGAUGGGCCCGGAGCAGCGCGCCGGCAGCUUCAGCACCGUCCCCAACUACGACAACGACGACGAGGCCUGGUCCGUGGACGACAUCGUGGAGCUCCAGGUGGAGCUCCCAGAGAUGCACACCAACAGCUGUGACAACAUCUCCCAGUUUUCCGUGGAUUCCAUCACCAGCCAGGAGAGCAGGGAGCCCGUCUUCAUCGCCGCCGGAGACAUCCGGCGGCGGCUGUCGGAGCAGCUGGCCCACACGCCCACGGCGUUCCGCCGCGACCCCGAGGACCCCUCGGCCGUGGCCCUCAAGGAGCCCUGGCAGGAGAAAGUCAGGAGGAUCCGGGAGGCCUCUCCCUACGGGCACCUCCCCUCCUGGCGCCUCCUCUCCGUCAUCGUCAAGUGCGGCGACGACCUCCGGCAGGAGCUGCUGGCAUUCCAGGUGCUCAAACAGCUCCAGUCCAUCUGGGAGCAGGAGCGCGUGCCGCUCUGGAUCCGGCCCUACAAGAUCCUGGUGAUCUCUGCGGACAGCGGGAUGAUCGAGCCCGUGCUCAGCGCCGUGUCCCUGCACCAGAUCAAGAAGCAGUCGCAGCUGUCGCUGCUGGAUUAUUUCCUGCAGGAGCACGGCAGCCACAACAGCGAGAGCUUCCUCAGCGCCCAGCGCAACUUCGUGCGCAGCUGCGCCGGCUACUGCCUGGUCUGCUACCUGCUGCAGGUCAAGGACAGGCACAACGGGAACAUCCUGCUGGACGCCGAGGGCCACAUCAUCCACAUCGACUUCGGCUUCAUCCUGUCCAGCUCGCCGCGGAACCUCGGCUUCGAGACCUCGGCCUUCAAACUCACCGCGGAGUUCGUGGACGUGAUGGGCGGCCUGGACGGGGACAUGUUCAACUACUACAAGAUGCUGAUGCUGCAGGGGCUGAUCGCCGCCCGCAAGCACAUGGACAGGGUGGUGCAGAUCGUGGAGAUCAUGCAGCAAGGCUCCCAGCUGCCGUGCUUCCACGGCUCCUCCACCAUCCGGCACCUCAAGGAGCGUUUCCACAUGAACCUGACGGAGGAGCAGCUGCAGCUGCUGGUGGAGCAGAUGGUGGACGGCUCCAUGCGCUCCAUCACCACCAAGCUCUACGACGGCUUCCAGUACCUCACCAACGGCAUCAUGUGAAACCCGCCGGCCCCCCGGGGGGAAAAAACCUGGGAAAAAAAUUCCCGGAGGGAAAAAAAAAAAAAAGAAAAAAAGAAAAAUUUCCCCCCCGCCCCAGGAAGAAAUGGGAGAAUUCCAAACUUCCCGUUGUGUUCCCUCCCGAG